AAAAGAGAUUUUCUGAUGACCCAAGAGGAGUGACUAUCUCUUGUCAAAGAAAGGGGAGGGUGAAUUUAAUGUUUCAUGCCACUGGAAUGGCAGCUGCUCUCAGCUCUCCCUGCUUCUGUGCAGGAUGAGGAAGACAGAACUGGCUUUUCAACGUAGGGAGAAUUUUCCUUUUGAAUAUUCUAAACGGGAGCUUUGCACAUGUGCCUCAAGAACUAAUUGUCUAGGUUCCGUCAGGAAUGCAGCAGGAGAGGAGCGUAUUUCAUGCUUAAGACCAGAGAAGAGCCACGCAAUACUCAGUGGAUAAAAGGCUUGCGGUCCCAGCUGGGAAAAAGAGUCCCAUUAUCUCCCAGCUGCAUAGACAUUCCAUACGGCUUGGUUCUGCCUGGAUGCACAGCAUGCCUGGCUGAGAGCUUGAAACAGAGUUCUGCAGAAAAAUUGUAAAGAUCCCGAGACAUUUGCCUGGUAAGAUCUAUUCUUGAGCUACUGACUGGAAGACAGACACUUUUCCUGUUGGUUUUAUGGGAGAAAUUCUUAACCUUGGAACGUGGAGAUGAGGUUGCUAUGGAAACUGAUAACUCUGCUGCCACUUAUAAUCACUUGUGGAGGUGAUGUUCUCUUGAGCCGUCCUGUUUUUAUUCAGGAACCACAAGAUGUCAUUUUCCCUUUGGAUUCAUCCAAAUCUGAAAUCAUCCUGAACUGUGCUGCUAAUGGUUACCCUUUACCUCGAUAUAGGUGGAAGCAAAAUGGCACAGAUAUUGACUUUACCAUGAAUUAUCACUACAGAUUGGAUGGAGGAAAUUUGGCAAUCAGUAGCCCCAGAACAGAUCAAGACAUUGGCACGUACCAGUGCCUAGCCACCAAUCUUCUCGGGACAGUUCUCAGUCGGAAGGCAAAGCUCCAGUUUGCAUAUAUUGAAGAAUUUGAAACCAAAACAAGAAGUACAGUGUCUGUCCGAGAAGGUCAAGGUGUGGUUCUUCUCUGUGGUCCACCACCACACUUUGGAGAUUUAUCUUAUGCAUGGACCUUCAAUGACAACCCUCUACAUGUCCAAGAGGACAACAGACGGUUUGUAUCUCAAGAGACAGGAAACUUGUACAUUGCCAAAGUGGAACCGUCAGAUGUGGGCAACUACACUUGCUUCAUAACAAACAAGGAAGCCCAGAGAAGUGUACAAGGACCAGCUACUCCAUUAGUACAGCGUACCGAUGGUGUGAUGGGGGAAUAUGAACCAAAGAUUGAAGUACAUUUUCCUGAAACAAUACAAGCUGCAAAGGAUUCAUCUGUAAAACUGGAAUGCUUUGCCCUUGGAAAUCCAGUUCCUGAUAUUAGUUGGAGGAGGUUGGAUGGACGCCCAUUGCCAGGGCAAGUCAAGUACAGCAAAUCCAAAGCUAUCCUUGAAAUCCCGAACUUUCAACAGGAAGAUGAAGGCUUCUAUGAGUGCACUGCAGGCAAUCUUCGAGGAAGAAACAUUGCAAAGGGUCAACUCAUCUUCUAUGCCCCUCCAGAAUGGGAGCAAAAAAUCCAAAAUGCAUACUUGUCUAUAUAUGACAGCUUGUUUUGGGAAUGUAAGGCUAGUGGAAAGCCAAAACCUUGUUACACUUGGUUAAAGAAUGGUGAUCCCCUCAACCCAGAGGAGAGAAUUCAAAUAGACAAUGGGACAUUAAUCAUAACAAUGCUGAAUGUGUCAGAUUCUGGUGUCUACCAAUGUGCUGCAGAAAACAAGUACCAGAUAAUUUAUGCAAAUGCAGAAUUGAAAGUAUUAGCUUCAGCUCCCAAUUUCUCCAAAAAUCCUAUUAAAAGAAAUUCAGUUGUUCAAGUUGGUGGGGAUAUUGCAAUUGAAUGCAAGCCCAAUGCUUUUCCCAGGGCAACAAUCUCCUGGAAAAAAGGAAUGGAGAGCUUGAGACAAAGUAAAAGAAUGUUUCUCAUAGAGGAUGGCAGCCUCAAGAUAUAUAAUGUUACCAGGUCGGAUGCAGGACCAUACACUUGCAUAGCCACAAAUCAGUUUGGCGUUGCUAAGAGCACUGGCAGUCUGGUUGUAAAAGAGAGGACUGUAAUUACCAUUCCUCCAACCAAAAUGGAUGUCACAGUCGGCGAGAGUAUAGUCCUUCCCUGCCAGGUGUCUCGUGACCCCUCUGUUGAAGUUGUAUUUUUUUGGUCUUUCAAUGGAGAAAUUAUAGACUUAAAAAAAGGAGUUACUCAUUUUGAAAGGAUUGGAGGAGAAUCUGUUGGUGAUUUGAUGAUAAGGAAUAUUCAGUUAAACCAUUCAGGAAAAUAUAUGUGCACAGUGCAAACAACUCUAGAAAUUUUAUCUGCUGUAGCUGAUAUCAUUGUUAGAGGUCCCCCAGGUCCCCCAGAGAAUGUGAGAGUGGAGCACAUUUCCAGUAGCACUUCUCAACUCAGCUGGAGAGCAGGCCCAGAUAAUAAUAGUCCCAUUCAAAUAUUUACUAUUCAGACUCGAACACCUUUUUCUUUGGGUUGGCAGGCUGUUUCUACAGUUCCAGAAAUUCUCAAUGGUAAGACAUACAAUGCAACAGUGGUUGGUUUGAGCCCUUGGGUGGAGUAUGAAUUCCGUGUUGUUGCUGGGAACAGCAUUGGGAUUGGAGAACCAAGUAAACCAUCAGAAUUGUUAAGAACCAAAGCAUCAGUCCCAGUCAUGGCACCAACAAAUAUCAAUGGAGGUGGAGGAAGUCGAUCUGAACUCGUCAUUACGUGGGAGUCAAUUCCAGAAGAACUACAGAAUGGUGAGGGAUUUGGAUACAUCAUUAUGUUUCGACCAGUUGGCUCAACAACUUGGACCAAGGAAAGAGUCGUUUCUGUGGAAUCAUCAAGAUUCAUUUACAGAAAUGAAAGUAUCAUCCCCCUCUCUCCCUUUGAAGUUAAAGUGGGAGUAUAUAAUAACGAAGGAGAAGGAUCCCUCAGUACUGUGUCUAUUGUCUACUCUGGGGAAGAUGAACCUCAACUGGCCCCAAAAGGAACUUCUGUCCAGAGUGUCUCUGCUUCUGAAAUGGAGGUUUCUUGGAAUGCUAUUGACUGGAAUAGAAACACUGGUCGAGUGCUGGGCUAUGAGGUGUUAUACUGGACAGAUGACUCCAAAGAAUCCAUAAUUGGUAAAAUUAGAGUCCGUGGAAAUGUCACAACCAAAAACAUCACAGGGCUGAAAGCAAAUACACUCUACUUUGCUUCUGUGAGAGCUUACAACACUGCUGGGACAGGACCCUCCAGUGCCCCCGUCAAUAUCACCACCAAAAAGGCUCCACCAAGUCAGCCCCCAGCAAAUAUUGCCUGGAAACUGACAAACUCUAAAUUAUGCUUGAACUGGGAGCAUGUAAAAACCAUGGAAAAUGAGUCUGAAGUGUUGGGUUACAAGAUCCUGUACAGACAAAACAGACAAAGUAAAACUCAUAUUUUGGAAACGAACAAUACAUCAGCUGAACUUCUGGUUCCAUUUGAAGAAGAUUACUUAAUUGAAAUAAGGACAGUCAGUGAUGGUGGAGAUGGAAGUAGCAGUGAAGAAAUUAGAAUUCCAAGAAUGUCAAGUUUGAGUUCCCGAGGAAUUCAAGUCUUAGAACCCACCUUCCGUUUUCUGUCAGUUGUCAUUGUAAUUUUUUACUGUUUUGCUAUUCAGCUACUUCUAUGAUUAAUAAAACCAUAAAUAUUUGAAGGAUUUUUGCAAAGAAAUCAUUCUGUAAAUAAGCUCUCUCCCUAGAUCCCAGUUUCAUGACGCAUUCUUAAUACGGACUUGUUUGGAAAGAAAUCAAAUGUAUAUUAAGACCUUAUAAAUAUCUAUGGUACAUCAAUAAACAAUUUUAAACACUUUUGAAUUU